AUGGCAACGGGCGCUGGGCGCGGGCACGGGGCCUGCCGAGAGCGGCAGGCCACCGGCGCGGCGCCGAGGUCGUGCGAAAGAUCCUCAAAGGCUUGCUCGAGCCGCGGCAUUCGCUAUCUCACCAUCUACGCGUUCUCGUCCGAGAACUGGAAGCGGCCCGUGGGCGAGGUCGAGGACCUCAUGGGCCUUCUCCGCCUCUACCUGCGGCGCGAGGUCGCCGACCUGCGCGGCAACGGCGUUCAAAUCGCUUUCAUCGGCGACCCCUCGCGGCUGAGCAAGGAGAUCAACGCCCUUAUCUCCGAGGCCGAGGAGAGCACCCGGCACAACGCGACGCUCACCCUCACGGUCGCCGUCAACUACGGUGGGCGGCAGGAGAUCGUCGAUACGGUCCGCCGAAUCGCCGAGCAGGUCCGCGACGGCGACCUCGAUGCCGACCAAAUCUCGGAAGAGACGUUCCAGCGCCACCUUCAGACCCGCAACCUGCCGGACCUCGAUCUGGUGAUCCGCACCAGCGGCGAGCAGCGGCUCAGCAACUUCCUGCUGUGGCAGUCGGCCUAUACGGAGCUUGUGUUCGUGCCGACGCUCUGGCCCGACUUCACGCUCGAGCACCUCGACGAGGCGAUCGGCGAGUUUCAGCGCCGUGAGCGGCGCUACGGCGGGGCUCGCGGCUAG